GCGACAUCUAGAUCAACACUUCGGGUCGCGCGAAACGGGUCUUAUCGAUGCAGUUGCUGAGAAGCUGAAGCAGGAUGUCACUGCCACCGUGGAGGCGCAGGCAACAACACUGCGGUCAGAGGUCGAGAGAGGCACGAAAGCUGCAGUAGCGCAAAAUCGCGACGAGCUCGUCGCUGAGUUGGGGCAGGAACAGCGGAAUGGCCUAGCGGCAACUCGACAGGAAAUCACAGAGGUGCGAGAAGAAAUCGUAGAGAUGAAGCAGAAGAUUUCUGCACGAUUGAAGGACUUCGUAACCAGCAAUGACGACGCGCAAAAUGUGCAUCGGGAAAAGGUCGAAGAGUUGCAUCUGCAACUCGGUACUGUCCAGACGCAGCUGCGUGAGUUCGUCGAUGCGAAAGCACAGGCGACUUUCGCUGCGGCAUCAAAAGCCGCAGCCGAAAUCAACGACCGAGUAUCGAGAUUAGAGGCGGAGCAGCACGAACUUUUGUCGAAAGCUAAGCAAGAAAUCGUCGAACAAAGUACUAAGCGAAAUGCCGACUCGGAUAGUGAGCAAAAUGUGGAUAACAAGAUGAUGACGAUCGCUCGCAGGCUGCGUGAGGAAGUGACGCAUCUUGUCCAGCAGAACAUUGCUACCGAGGCAGAGGCGAGACAAACUGGCUUGGCCGAUUUCAAGUCGAAACUUGGCGUGUAUGUGAAAGAAAAC